UGUCCUCCACAUAGCAAAACGACCAAGAUACGUGAGUAGGAACAAUGGAGUGCCACCGUACUGUUAGUUCGGUCGUGCUCGUGCUCGUGCUGCUGCUCCGGUGGCCGGCGUUGAGCUUUGCGUCGGUGCCGGUGUCGAGGACCAUCACCGUGGACAGUAAAGGGGGAGGAGAUUUCAGGAGCAUUCAGUCGGCGGUGAACCACGUCCCGGACGGCAACCGCGAGUGGGUCAGGAUCCACGUCCGGGCAGGGGGCUACAGGGAGAAGGUGACCAUCCCAAAGGAGAAAGGCUACAUCUUGCUCGAAGGGGAGGGCCACUCGAGCACGGAGAUCUACUUCGACGACCACGCCCACGGCGGCGCCGAUGCGAUGCUGACGCACGAGACCGCCACCUUCAGUGUCUACGCGGACGACUUCGUUGCCCGGGACGUCGCCUUCACCAACACGCACAACCGCGUCAACAAGAGCCACGUCACCCAAGCGCUCGCGGCGCUGGUCGGCGGUGACCGAAUCGCCUUCCACCGCUGCGCCUUCAACGGCUUCGAGGACACGCUCUGCGACAACACCGGCCGGCACUACUUCCGUGAAUGCUUCAUCAAGGGCGGCGUCGACUUCAUCUUCGGCUACGCCCGGUCCAUCUACGACGGCUGCACCCUUGUGUCCAACAUACCCUCGCGGUACGGCCGCCACCGUGCCGGGUGGGUGACGGCGCAUGCCAGGCGCCACGCCGGCGACCCCGGCGGUUUUGUGUUCAAGGGCGGGGAGCUCCGAGGCACCGGGCGCCAGUACCUCGGACGCGCGUGGAACAAAUACGCCACGGUCGUCUACUACCACGUGAACAUGUCCAACAUCGUCGUCCCGCAGGGGUGGACUCCCUGGUACGCCGGCAACGAUACUAACGAUGUCCUGUUCGCAGAGGUUGGGUGCACCGGCCCCGGGUCAGACAUGGCCGGGAGAGUGUCAUGGGAGAAGCAUCUCAGCGAGGCAGAGGUGAAGAAGUUCGUGGACAUGAGCUUCAUCGACGACGGUUGGCUAAGCAAGCAACCAUAGCCCGGGAUCGAUCGGAUCACGAGUAGCUGGCUGCACACAUAUAGCAUAGGAAAUAGCAGGAUGAAUUGCGAGCUUACACUCAUUUCACCUUGC